GGGUGUCAGCUCUUACGUGUGACUCGACGCAAGACGCGCACACGCACAGUGACCAUUGAUCCGGAAUCAGGUGACUUGAUACUCGACCACAAGGACCACAAGUUUUCUGUGGAUGCAAUACGUGACUUGCGAGUCGCCAAUGAUGCAAGUCACUAUCGUGAACUGUGCAAGAUCUCUAUUGAGCAUGAACAAAGAUGGUUGAGCAUCAUUUACACGGUCGAGAGCGUGAGGCUGAAAGUGCUGCACGUCAUCUGUCCCAAUGUUCAGAUUCUCGAUUCUUUAGUCAAGAGCUUGACUCGGCUGUAUCAUACGAGACUCGAGCUGGUGGGUGGUCUUGGCGAUCUAAGCUCCGCUGCUGAAGAGCGUAUCUGGCUCGAUGCAGCAGCAAAGCCAAAGAACCUCACUGAUGAACGGCAAAUGUCCUUUGCAGAGCUCGAAGCGCUUUGUCAAAAGUUGUCAUUCUAUGCACCUGCGUCGCAACUCAAACACCUAUUUGAGCAAGUUGAUGUUCAGCAGCGAGGAUCACUUACAUUUGAAGAAUUCAAGCACUUUGUCGACUUGCUCAAGGCUCGCAAUGACAUUGCAGCAAUCUUUGCAGGAUUGACCAGCGGCACAAUGAGCAAAGAAUGCUUCCUCUCUUUUCUUAAAGACGUGCAAGGCUUUGAUGAUCAGGCGGAUGCAGUCGAGCGCAUCUGGGAACGAGCUGCUGGAGAUGAGGAAGAGUUAUCACUAUCACGAUUCACUACGUUUCUGCUUUCCCGGCAAAAUGGCAUCUUGCGCACCACUGAACAGGACAUGUCACGACCGCUGAAUGAGUACUUCAUCUCCUCCUCUCACAACACCUACUUGACUGGCUGGCAGAUUGGCGACGAAGCAAGCGUCGAACCUUAUAUUCGCGCUCUGCAACGCGGAUGCCGUUGCAUCGAGAUUGAUAUUUGGUCGGAUUCUGCUGGGGUCCCUGAAGUACGGCAUGGCCACUCAUUCACGUCACCCGUCAGUUUGGAGAGUGUGUUGCGCGCAACUGAAAAGUAUGCUUUCAUUGUGAGUCCAUGGCCACUCAUUGUUUCCAUUGAAUUGAGAUGCAGUGCCCGGGUACAAGAAGCGGCCGUUGACUUGCUCAGAAGUAUUUUGGGCGACACACUUGUUGUUUCUCGACACGCGCAACUGCCAAGCCCAAAUGACUUGCGCUACCGCAUCCUGCUUAAAGUCAAAGCCAGCCAUGGUAUUGCAGAACAGGCAGACUUUGCCACAUCGAUUGAGCUCUCUGAGCUGAAUUCUGAAUUUGGCGAAAUGUCAACCACGGAAUCUGAUUACUCGACCCCCAGAUCGCGCACAUCGUCACACUCAUCACAGUCUUCGUCAGUGAGUAGCUAUCGUGGUUCCAACGCGCCCACAAUCGCGGCGAUGUUACAAAUGGCACCACUCCUACAGGGCAUCAAGUUUCGAAACUUCUCCCUGCCAGAGUCCAAAACGGUCAACCACAUCUUUUCCCUCUCUGAGCGACACGUAAAGAGUAUGGCUCAGUCGAAUCCAGAGAGCAAAACGCAGAUGCUCAAACACAAUGCUCGUCAUCUCAUGCGCGUCUAUCCAUCAGCAACGCGCGUUCGGUCCACCAAUUUUGCACCACAAGAGUACUGGCGACAAGGUGUACAGAUGGUGGCGCUGAAUUGGCAAACGCACGAUCUUGGCAUGCAGUUGAAUGAUGCUUUGUUUGCUGCAAGCGGCACGGAAGAAGUUUCUGGGUAUCGUCUCAAGCCAGCGGUUAUGCGCUUUUGGCGGAAAGGUCAAAUGAGCUAUCUAGAGGCGCCUGAUCAUAAGCAGCCGAAGAGACGGUGGCGAAUCAGUGUGUUGAGCGGCACACAGCUACCAAAGACCUCUGCUAGUACGCGCUCAUCACCGUAUGUUGAGUUACAAGUCCUGCGACCACAUCGCGACUUGGAUGCAAAGUCACACUCUGCAUGUGCAACGGACCGCGACAUCAAGUUCCGAACCUCAAUUGUCGAGGAUAACACCUUCAAUCCGCAAUUCUGCCAUGCGCCUUUUCAAUUUGUUCAAGAGUCAGAGGACCUCGAGGCGCUCACCUUUCUGCGCUUUUUGGUGCAUGACGUGCCAUUGUCGAAUGGGAGCGCGACUUCAUUGAGUCAACAGACUGGUCCAGUGGUGGCAACAUGGGCGUGUCCGCUAGAAGAUCUUCAACGUGGCUAUCGUGUUGUAAAGCUACGAGAUUUAUCUGGCGAGCAAUUCAUCUUUUCAUCACUGCUUGUC